AUGGACGAGAAAUGCGCCACAGUGGUGCCUUCAUCAGGGAAAGGGGAAGCAGUCCCGGUAACCAGUGCAGAGCAUGCAAUGCCGGAAGAUGAUCCCAAUGGAAACGUGAAUCCGGAGGGCGUUUUCAAGCCGCGCUGGGGACCGCGUCAUGCCGGUGCGAAGCAGCUGGCAGCGCUUUACAGCCGCGAAAAACGUCUGCAGGAGAUCAUUUCGACAGCGAUUGGUGUGGCCCAGCUUUUCAUCAUCCUGUUCCUGUUAUUACAGCGAUUCACGCUUACAACGCUGCCUUCGGUGAUUCUCUCUGCGUUUCUUGGUAUUGUAACUGCAGAUUUUCUAUCCGGUCUCGUGCACUGGGCCGCUGAUUCGUUCGGUACCGUCGACACAUUCAUUGGCAAGCAUUUCAUUCGGUCAUUUCGUGAGCACCACGUGGACCCGACUGCAAUAACACGCCACGAUUUCAUUGAGUGCAAUGGCGAUAACUUCCUGUUGAUAAUACCAAAAUUCACGCAUGUCAUCUAUCAGCAUGCCACACUUUCAGCUUCAGAACUGGACUCGCUGACCACUUUUCACUGGUUUUAUCUCCUCCUUGGCAUCUAUGUUGCGCUCACCAAUCAGGUACCGCUUUUCCUUUCUUUCAGCAAAUCACCUCCCGCGCAGGAUAAAGCCUGGUCAUACUUCUGUUUGACAUUCCACUGCGAAGCAUAUGCCUAA